AUGACCGUCGAUGGCCGUCCUGAUCUCUCUCAUUCCCUGCCUGAAACGUACUUGGGAAAUGUGGUACUGAUCAACCGGCCAACCUUACCACUUCAUAAAUUAAUCGACCCAUCCACGCCGCUAGGGACUGUAGCGCAGAAUAUCCGAGACACUGCGCGCGUAAUCCACCACGAGAAUAUGAUGGACGCGUACUCCCUCCUUCGAGGGGUAUCGGACUUCAGCGAGCGCAAACUGCGGUUCACGACAUUCGAGGGCUCGUCGAUGCUGAUCACGUCGUUACUGGCGUUUCCCAUCGAGGAGAUCUGUUUCGGUGACCGAUAUUUCCGUCGUGGGGGGCGCCCUGAGGCGUUCAGACCAUUGAUGAGUGCUUUUAAUCAUCUGUUUAGGAUUAGUUUUAUUUUGCCGAGGGCGAGGAAUGGUGGGGUGGAGUUUGUAGUUAGUCUGUUUGAGGAGGAAAUGGGGGCUUUGGAGGGGAAUGAGGAGUUCUCAGCGUAUGCGGUGCUAUUGUCAGAUUGA